GAUUAACUGUGCGCCAAUUAUGAAAUGUGCUAAACCAAUCAGCAUUCAAGUCACUAACCCAAGUGGAGACCGCAAAACGCUUGAGCCGGAGCUGACGAGAUUUAAAGAUUGUCUGUUAGUAAGCUAUGAAGGCCAAAUGACUGCGGCCUCCGAUAAACUGAAUAAGCCUGUAGUUACACAUGAUUUAAUCCCUCUGGUUAGGAUGAAGGGAUGGCGUUCUUUUCGAACCUUUUAUGGGUUUUACUACUCGUUGUAACAGAGUCACCUCUCCGGAGUCAUAAUGCUGCACCGGACCGAAUACCUUCCACAAGAUCUUGCACGAAUUACGCGCUUCAAGAGAACCUCAACUCGUUUUUAUGGUUAGUGAAACGAAACCCACCAGCUUACUUCUUCGGUACAAUCCAUGUACCUUACACUAGAGUAUGGGACUUCAUUCCUUCAAACAGCAAAGCAGCCUUCAAGACAAGUCAAUACGUAUAUUUUGAACUUGAUUUGACCAGCAAACCUACAGUUAACGCACUUUGGAAAUGUCAAAUGUUACCCAAGGGAGGACUUCUCAAGGACGUGUUACCUCGGAGUAUGUAUCGACGCCUACACAGGCAUUUGAGAUACAUAAAGAAAAUGAUCCCUAUGUGGUUGAAAGACAAUGAUGGAGAAUAUUACCAAGGAAUGGCGCCUUAUGCCGACAAAAUAUUCCAGCUUCUGACUAAAGACUGGCAGAAAAAGCGACCGAUAUGGAUCAUGCUUAUGGUAAAUUCUCUGACCGAAAGUGAUAUUAAAAAUCGAGGAAUACCAGUUUUGGAUCAGUAUCUUGCCUCGGAAGCUGCCAGAAAUGAGAAAUUCACGGGAGCUGUGGAGGAAGUGGAGGAACAGUGCCAGCCACUUAACUCACUAAAUGAUACACAGGUGGUCUUUGCUUUAAACCAAACACUUAACUUUCAAGAAAAGCUGCGGGUUGGCAAAGCCCACGUAGCCUAUACUACAGACGAUCUCAUAGAUCAUUAUAACUGCGGAGAUCUUACCUCCGUUCUUUUCUCGACUCAGUCAACGCGACUGCCAAGUAUAUCUUCCAACUUCUCACUAAGGCAAUUAGAGUUGAAGAGGACGCAAGAGAUUGAUCAAUAUUUCAGAAAGGAGCUCAUUUUCAAAAGGAAUGAGCGCAUGGCAAAAAGAGUAAUCGAACUUUUAAACAAGUAUCCUGAACGCAAUUUCUUUUUUGCGUUUGGUGCUGGGCAUUUUCUUGGAAAUCAUAGUGUCAUAGGUAUUAUGAAACGCGAAGGGUUUGCAGUAGAGCACAUGGCACCUGGCCAAAAGCUACCAACUUACAAGGCACUCCGUAUUACAAAUCCUCUAACAAGGAAAAAAAUAAGGCGCAGAAAAUGUCGAAAGAGGCACAGAAGAAGAUGUUCGGGAAGAAGGAGGAAAAGGCCAGAUUUCAGUCGUGUGAAGCUGGUGCUCAAAGUUACGAAAACACCAGUAGAAAAACGUGAAAAUAUAACUGAGAGUGUAGGAGAGGAUCUCAGCAACGAUGCAUCACCUAUCGUGACGUCAGCGGCAGCACCUGUUACCGUAUGUAGCACAGGAUUGCUACUCUUACACGCACUAACACUAUGGCUGCUUGGGUGUAACCUAACAAGAAACGUCCUCUGAGAGCGCUUAAAAGUCUGAAAACUCUUUAAAAUGAGUUCAGGAGACUAAAUGGAUCAGUGCGGCAAAUUGCCAUCUUCAAGUCUGAGCCUCGACAGAGUGAGACAAGGGAAAUAGAAUACAAGGCUCACUGGAACAGCUGCCGGCGGACAAUCUCAUAUAUACGUACAAAUGAACAUACUAUUGUGAACUGCAGAGUGAGAAAUGUGAUAGAGAAAGUACAAAUGACCAGGAAAAUACAAAUAACUAUAAUAAUACAGUUUCAACAGUUCAACGUGCCGCAUUGUAACCUCUUCUUUGUGUUCACAUUAUAGACGAAGGCUCAUUAAUUUCCUCAAUCUUACACACGGUCAUAACGUCACCAUUAUUGAAUAACAUCUGAAUUUCUUUCAA